AACCUCCUCAACCUCGAUAGCCACCUGCAUCCAAGUUCAGAAUGAGUGAACCACAAUCGAUCCUAACGCGCGUCGGGUCUCUACUCUCAACUUGUUUAAGACUUGCCCAAGGACUCAAUAAUUUACAUGCUCGCGACGAAAUAGCCAAUCGCUCUAUCAUAGCCUUGUCUACAGAAUGUAUCACCACGUCAUUAGCCCUGUCCUCUCUACAAAAUAUACUGCCCAGCCGCCUAGACCUUUUGUCAUCAGUUGCAAGUUCAAGCGAGGAGCUUACGGCUUCGUUUGAAACGGCUAUACUCGGUGUUGCCUCUACGCUUUCAAUUCUGGAUGGGGAGUUGAGUGCUCGUGAGAGUGUCAAUGGCCUUCUCAACGAGGCAAAGUACCUGUGGGAUGAGGCGCUGUCAAGUCAACUAGGACAACAGAUUCGCGAUCAGUGUUCCUCAAUUCAUCAUCUUAUUGACAUCCUACAAUCGGAGAACGUUGAUAAUCUAGAGCUACAAAUGCAAGAACGCGCACAGGAUCUCUCCGAGCUUCGACGCCACGCAUCAGGUGCGAGAGCUUUGCGAGGUCAACUUCAAGAUAAAAGCCGGGGCGAUGAUCUUGAAUCAAUCUUCAGCUUGGCAACACCAGACGCGCCAUUUCAGAUUGAACUCUCGUCUUCGAGGCCGUAUCAGAAGAUCAAAGCGUCGCUCCUGAUUGAAGAAAAUGUCACACACGUGUCAGCGAGUAUUCGGUUUGAUGGCAUAUCUGAACACGCAUCGACGCAGCCCGACGAAAGAGACCCCUCCGUACGGAAGACGCCGUUAGCAAUUGCUAGUGAUGGCUCGCAUAUUAUUUCAUCCUCACAGUCCAUAGUCACUGUUUUGACUGACAAGAGGGCCAAUAAUGCCGGUGGACAUGAAUCUAUAGCAUCUUCAAGUCAACUUGCUUUGCCUUCCGAGCUGCGAGGCAGUGCGCGACGUCGAAGGAUUAGCCCGUUAGCAGAAACAACACAGAAUAGCAACGCUAAUGAUGAAAAGCUACGCGAGGCCCUUCGAGUUGCUAACAGAGAAAAGGAAGAUGUCAACAGGGUAAAAGAAAAACUGCAAGGAGCUCUCUCCAAGAUGCUAUAUCACGCGAUUAUCAAGAGAGAUGUCAAAGCCGUGUGUGAUGCUCUACCUGGAUUCAACUCCUUCGGAAUUGAUCUCAAUUGUGUUUACAAUGGGUUCUGGGCCAAUUCCGGGUAUCUGACGCCUCUUGCAUACGCAGCAGCGACAGGCGACCAGGAUAUUGCAGCAAUCCUCCUUAAAUCGGGUGCGAAUUGGGCUGCCAGUUCACAAGACGUUAAUCAUCAAUACAACGGGAUGACUGCCUUGAUUCAUGCCUCGAUAGCAGGUCACGACCUCAUGGCGAGGCUGCUACUAGCUCACGGUGCUAUGGCAAACCAUGCAGAUAAAAGGGGUCGAUCACCCUUCAUGUAUGCAGCGGCGAAUGGCCAUAUAGCCAUUAUGCUACGGUUGAUCAAUCAUGGAACCGACAUCAAGCUUACUGAUGACGAAGGAAACUCUGCAUUGCAUUGGGCUGCCAGGAAUGGAGACCAUGCCGCGGUCGAUGAGAUCAUCAAGCAGGGCGCAAUUGUCAAUCUGCAGAAUACUUCCAACCAACGAACACCUCUACACGAAGCAAUAUUCUUCAGAAGAUCCUCUAGUCCUAAUCGCAGCCCGUAUUGACCAACCUGACCUGAUUGAACUUCUUGCCGAGAACGGAGCCGAUUUGAAUGCUUCGUCUCUGGAUCGCCUACCAUCAUUUGGGGACCGUGGCUGGACAGCAUUACAGUAUACUGCAAUGUCCAAUUCUCUGUCCAGUGCCGA